GAGAGAGAGAGAGAGAGAGAGAGAGGGGAGAGCGAGUGGCUGUGUGUCCCAGCCACAUCGCACUCUUCAAACAACCACAGUCUCGCCACGUUCAACUCAAUGAAGAUCUAACGAGCACAACAUAGACAGACCCAAACCAGAGAAUAUAUAUCACAUACACGCUCCACGUGCGUGUUUUUCUUUUUGCCCUAUCGCGCCGAAGAUCGUUAAUGCGCUGGUGACGGACAACUCGAGGAAAGAAACCAAAUAAGAGCGAACAAAACGGGGGAAGAGAAGAAGGAGAACCUGAGGACGGAUUUCUUUCCUCCACGUUAUUUUUAUUUCCCCAGGACUAGACUGUCAUUACUGGAUGUAAAAAAAAAACAAAAAAACUCUCGACUUCUCUUUGUACAGAAAAAAAGGAGAGACUGAGUUUCAAACUGACCGCACAAUGGUGAUAAGGCUGUGAAUACCCUGCAUCUGAGAAAUCAGACCAGACUGACUCACAGGGCUCUGUGAGCCAGCGCCACCGAGGCUGCCAAAGCAUGCUGGUGCCAAGCUGUCCCACCAUGCACAGAGCCAGACCCACGCUGCUGCUGCCGCUGCUGCUUGUCCUGGGUCUGUUCCUCCACCUCGCCGACGCUCAAACACCACCAAAGUUUUUAAGAACCCCCAAUGACCAAACAGGCGUGCAAGGAGGCGUGGCAUCCUUCAUCUGCCAAGCUACAGGAGAUCCACGGCCGAAGAUUGUGUGGAACAAGAAGGGGAAGAAAGUCAGCAACCAGAGAUUUGAGGUGAUAGAGUUCGACGACGGCUCUGGUUCAGUGCUAAGAAUUCAGCCAUUACGCACGCCCCGAGAUGAAGCCAUAUAUGAAUGCGUCGCCUCCAACAGUGUUGGAGAGACGAGCGCUACCACCAGACUCACUGUUUUACGUGAGGACCAGCUGCCCCCUGGUUUUCCCACCAUAGACAUGGGCCCACAGUUGAAAGUGGUUGAGCGAACACGCACUGCCACCAUGCUCUGUGCCGCCAGCGGCAACCCCGACCCAGACAUCUCCUGGUUUAAAGACUUCCUCCCUGUCAACACCACCACCAACAAUGGACGCAUUAAACAGCUCAGAUCAGAAUCCUUUGGAGCCCUCCAGAUAGAGCAGAGUGAAGAGUCAGACCAGGGGAAGUAUGAAUGUGUGGCGACCAACAACGAUGGAACCCGCUACUCUGCCCCAGCAAAUCUAUAUGUCAGAGUACGCCGAGUGCCUCCACGGUUCUCCAUUCCACCUACAGACAAUGAGAUCAUGCCAGGCGGCAGUGUCAAUAUUACAUGUGUGGCAGUGGGCUCUCCCAUGCCAUAUGUCAAGUGGAUGCUGGGUGCUGAAGACCUUACGCCAGAGGACGACAUGCCCAUUGGACGGAACGUCUUGGAGCUUACAGACGUCCGGCAGUCGGCCAACUACACCUGCGUGGCCAUGUCAACCCUGGGGGUGAUAGAGGCUGUGGCACAGAUAACGGUGAAAGCAUUGCCCAAGGCUCCCGGCAUUCCUGUGGUGACAGAGCGCACAGCCACCAGCAUAACAUUGACCUGGGACUCUGGCAAUCCUGAACCAGUGUCCUACUACAUCAUCCAACACAAGUCCAAGUACUCAGAGGACUCGUACAAGGAGAUCGAUGGCGUAGCCACCACUCGGUACAGCGUGGGAGGCCUCAGCCCGUACUCGGACUACGAGUUUCGCGUGGUGGCCGUGAACAACAUUGGGCGAGGGCCACACAGCGAGAGCAUCGAGGCCAAAACAGCAGAGCAGGCACCCAGCACGGCACCAAGGCAAGUCAGAGGCCACAUGCUGAGCACCACCACGGCUGUCAUCCACUGGGAUGACCCGGAGGAAGCUAACGGACAGAUCAUGGGCUACCGAGUCUACUACACCAUGGACUCCACCCAGCAUGUCAACGUCUGGGAGAAGCAAAUUGUUCGGGGGUCCAACUUUGUCACCAUCCAGGGCCUCAUUCCCAAUAAGACCUACUACAUCAAGGUUUUGGCCUACACCUCAGUAGGUGAUGGACCUCUUUCCGCAGACCUUCAAAUCAUUGCUAAGACGGGAGUUCCCUCCCAACCAACCGACUUCAAAGGAGAAGCCAAAUCAGAAACAAGCAUUUUACUUUCAUGGAUCGCCCCGGCACAGACUGGACAGGAAAAUCAAAUCACAGGAUAUGAACUUAUGUACAGGAAGAGGGAUGAUAAAGAGGAGAAACGUAUCAGCUUUGAGCCGACAACAACAUACCUGCUGAAGGACUUGAAGCCCUUCACUACUUACACUUUCCGGCUGGCUGCCCGUAGUAAACAUGGAGUUGGAGCUUACACCAAUGAGAUCUCUGCAGAAACUCCACAGACACAACCCUCGGGCCCCCCUCAGGAAGUCAAGUGCUAUAGCCCCAGCUCCACCAACAUCCUGGUAAGUUGGCGGCCACCACCAAUGGAAUUACAAAAUGGGAUCAUAACGCAAUACACCAUCCAGUAUGCUGUGACUGAAGGGGAGGAUUCUACUGCUCAUCAAAUCUCCAGCAUCCCUCCAGAAAGCUCUCAGUAUCUUUUGGAAAACCUGGAAAAAUGGACAGAGUACCGUGUGACAGUCACUGCUCACACAGAUGUCGGGGCAGGACCUGAAAGCCUGCCACAGCUCAUCCGCACAGAGGAGGAUGUUCCUAGCGGGCCACCUCGUAAAGUUGAGGUGGAGGCUGUCAACUCCUCAUCAAUUAAAGUGAUCUGGCGUUCACCGAUGCCCACCAAGCAGCACGGUCAGAUCCGAGGGUACCAGGUGCACUAUGUCAGGAUGGUUAAUGGGGAGCCCACAGGACAGCCAGUCAUCAAGGACAUCCUGAUUGAUGAUGCCCAGUGGGAAUAUGAUGAUUCAACCGAACAUGAAAUGAUCAUCACAGAACUGCAGGCUGAGACCACAUAUUCAGUUACUGUGGGAGCCUAUACGACAAAGGGCGAUGGUGCACGCAGCAAGCCCAAACUGAUCACCACCACUGGCGCAGUUCCUGAUAAACCUCGGCUAAUGGUCAGUACAACCAACAUGGGCACAGCUCUCCUCCAGUGGCAUCCCCCAGCAUUAACCCAUGGUCCCCUGCAAGGCUAUCGCCUCCGUUUUGGCCGCAAAGACGUGGACCCUCUGACUGUCAUUGAGUUCCCUGAGCGUGAGAACCACUACACUACCAAAGAGAUCCAUAAGGGAGCCUCAUACACUUUCCGCCUUUCCGCACGCAACAAGGUGGGCUUUGGUGAAGAAACAGUCAAAGAAGUCACCACAAAUGAGGAUGUCCCAAGCGGCUACCCUCAGAGCAUUACAGCAGAGGGUGCCACCACCUCCACAAUUCAGGUUAGCUGGCAACCUGUUUUGCUGGGAGAGCGAAACGGCCAAAUAGUGAAAUAUGCUCUGCAGUAUAAGGACAUCAACAGCCCACGCAGUCCCUCAGAACUCUUCAUCACCGCCCCCGAAUCAACAAUCAUCCUGGAUGGCCUUAAGGCAGAUACCACUUAUGAUAUUAAAAUGUGUGCCUUCACCAGCAAGGGCUCUGGUCCCUAUAGCCCAAGUGUUCAAUUCAGGACACAGCCUUUGGAUCAAGCAGUGUUUGCAAAAAAUUUUCACGUGAGUGCUGCCAUGAAGACAUCAGUGUUGCUGACCUGGGAAAUCCCAGACACCUACAACCCAGCUCAGCCUUUCACUAUCCUUUACGAUAAUGGGCAGAGUGUGGAGGUGGAUGGGAAGCUAACACAGAAGCUAAUCACGGGUCUUCAGCCUGAGACACAGUACUCCUUCCUCCUGACCAAUCGUGGCAACAGCGCUGGAGGUUUGCAGCAUCGUGUGUCCACCAUGACGGCCCCAGACAUUCUCCGCACCAAACCCGACCUGGUUGGCAAGACCAACUCAGACGGUAUGGUGACUGUGGAGCUACCAUCAGUUCAGACGUCUGAGAAAGUAAGGGGAUAUUACAUUGUGGUAGUGCCUCUGAAGAAGCAGCGCACUGGCAAGUUUUUCAAACCCUGGGACAAUCCCGAUGAGAUGAAUUUGGAGGAGCUGCUGAAGGAGAUAAACCAAACUAGCAGAGGCCUUCGGUUCCGGAGGCAGGCAGAGCCCAAAGCCUAUAUCGCUGCCUAUUUCAAAGACUUGCCAAAUGAGUUCACUCUUGGAGAUGGCAAGACCUACAGGGGAUUUGAAAACAAGCAACUCCAGAAUGGCCAGGAGUACAUCUUCUUUGUGCUUGCUGUUUUGGAGAUGUCUGAAAAUAUCAUGUAUGCCACAAGCCCUUACUCCGACCCAGUUGUGUCAGCCGACAUCGACCCCCAACCGAUCAUCGAUGAGGAGGAAGGCCUCAUCUGGGUGGUGGGCCCUGUGCUAGCUGUUGUCUUCAUCAUAUGCAUCGUUAUUGCCAUUCUCCUCUACAAAAGAAAAAGAGCAGAAUCUGAAGCUAGGAAAGGCAGUCUCCCCAACAGCAAGGAAAUACCACUGCAUCAUCCCACCGACCCUGUUGAGCUUCGACGCCUCAACUUCCAAACGCCUGGUUCAGGUGCGUCCAGUCACCCCAGUAACCUCCAUUCGUCAAGUAUGGCUAGCCACCCUCCAAUCCCAAUUAUGGACCUGGCAGAUCAUCAGGAGCGCCUGAAAGCCAACGACAACCUCAAGUUUUCACAGGAAUAUGAAUCCAUUGACCCUGGUCAGCAGUUCACAUGGGAGCACUCUAACCUGGAGGUCAACAAACCAAAGAACAGAUAUGCCAACGUGAUUGCAUAUGACCACUCCAGAGUCUUGCUCUCCGCUAUUGAUGGUAUCCCUGGAAGUGACUAUAUCAAUGCUAACUACAUCGAUGGCUACAGGAAACAGAAUGCGUACAUUGCAACCCAAGGAUCUCUGCCAGAGACAUUUGGUGAAUUCUGGAGGAUGAUCUGGGAGCAGAGGAGUGCAGUCAUCGUCAUGAUGACCAAGCUGGAGGAGAGGUCCAGGGUUAAAUGUGACCAAUACUGGCCUACGAGAGGGACAGAGACUUACGGCCUCAUCCAAGUGACACUGCUAGACACAGUAGAGCUGGCCACAUACUGUGUCAGAACAUUUGCACUUUUUAAAAAUGGCUCCAGUGAGAAGAGAGAGGUGAGGCAGUUCCAGUUCACGGCCUGGCCAGACCACGGGGUACCCGAGCACCCCACUCCCUUCCUGGCCUUUCUGAGACGGGUGAAAGCUUGCAAUCCUCCAGAUGCAGGGCCCAUGGUGGUACACUGCAGUGCUGGGGUGGGACGCACAGGUUGCUUCAUCGUGAUUGAUGCCAUGAUGGAACGUAUCAAGCACGAGAAGACUGUGGACAUCUACGGGCACGUAACGCUAAUGCGUGCCCAGCGCAACUACAUGGUGCAGACAGAGGACCAGUAUGUCUUCAUACAUGACGCACUCCAAGAGGCCAUCAACUGCGGCACCACCGAAGUGCCCGCCAGAAACCUAUACGCCUACAUCCAGAAACUGACGCAGAUAGAGGGUGGAGAGAAUGUCACCGGCAUGGAGCUUGAGUUCAAGCGUUUAGCUAACACUAAAGCCCAUACAUCACGAUUCAUCAGUGCCAAUCUCCCCUGCAACAAGUUCAAGAACCGCCUUGUAAACAUAAUGCCAUACGAGUCCACACGAGUGUGUCUUCAGCCCAUUCGAGGAGUUGAGGGCUCGGACUACAUCAAUGCCAGUUUCAUUGAUGGGUACAGGCAACAGAAAGCCUAUAUUGCCACACAGGGACCACUGGCAGAGACCACAGAAGACUUCUGGAGAAUGCUCUGGGAGCACAACUCUACUAUCGUUGUUAUGCUCACCAAGCUUAGAGAAAUGGGCAGGGAAAAAUGCCACCAGUACUGGCCAGCAGAGAGGUCGGCCAGAUACCAGUACUUUGUGGUGGACCCAAUGGCCGAGUAUAACAUGCCCCAGUAUAUCCUGAGAGAGUUCAAAGUGACUGAUGCCAGGGACGGACAGUCACGGACAGUAAGGCAGUUUCAGUUCACAGACUGGCCUGAACAAGGAGUGCCAAAAUCAGGAGAGGGCUUCAUCGAUUUCAUUGGCCAAGUACAUAAAACAAAAGAGCAGUUUGGCCAAGAUGGGCCUAUUUCGGUCCACUGUAGCGCGGGUGUUGGUAGAACUGGAGUUUUCAUCACACUCAGCAUAGUCUUGGAACGAAUGAGAUAUGAGGGCGUAGUAGACAUCUUUCAGACAGUGAAAAUGUUACGGACACAGAGACCAGCUAUGGUGCAGACAGAGGAUCAAUACCAGUUCUGCUACAGAGCUGGCUUGGAGUACCUGGGAAGCUUUGAUCACUAUGCAACGUAAAAGACCCAGUAUUGGAAGAAAAAAAGCAGAGAGCCCUUUGGAAAAAAAAAAACAACAACAGUGAGCCUCUCUUCUGAGCCAUAAAUUCCUGCUUGAGAAAGUACUCCUUAACUCCUUGCUAACAACUCAUUAAGUGUUGGAUGUGUGACAUGUCUUGUCAAAAAAUUAAAAAGAUGAUUCCCGGAGGACCAAGUAUUUCCCAACCCCAAUAAAACCUCGCCUUGAUACAAAGUGAGGGAAUCCUGACUGUUGAAGCAUCAUACGGAAUUACCUUUUCUUUUGCUUCAAGGAUUCAUUUUGGGGCUCAUUAAACUGAAUGAAACCAACACAACAAAAAAGUAAAUGAACAAUAAUGACAUCAUCAGAAAUGCAUCAGUGAUUAUGAACCUUUACGAGAGGCAUUGGAGGCACACAGAAUUGCAGGGGCGGCGGGGGGGACUUGAUGCACAUUGUAAAGAAAAUAAAAUCUGUUUCACAAUCAAGAACACACAGACAACCCAUCGAAAAAGAAGACAAUGCUUGGUCCACAACAGCAGGACAGACUUAAAGUAAUAAUGAAUAAAUAAUCUUUUUCCUGUCACAAUGUUCAUCUAAAUUUUGGGAGACGGUAGAGUUCAAAUGAUCUAUGAAAUAAAUAAAAAAUUAUUGAUUUAGUUUUUUAGUACUUUAUUAUACAGCUGAUGUGCUUUUUUUGAACUGUGUGAAUUUCCUUUUUUUACACAAAUUUAUUGCUUGGAAAAAGAAGUGAUAAAACGUAUUUACGUAAAUGUUAUUUUUUUUUUUUAAAGCUGUAGAACUGUUCUGACAUAUGUGCUAUUUUGCAGAGAGUAUCUUUUUUUUUUUUUUUCUUCAUUUUGGUUUUGUUUCCAUUUUCGUCCCUCAUUUUGUUGCACUUGGUGCACAGAACAGAAUUCACACUACCAAAAGGAAAGUUUGUUCAAGAGUUAUUUUUGGGCUGGAUUUUUGUUAUGGUUUUCGUCCAUGAUCACAUACAUGGUAACUUAAUUACUCCCAUGAGAUAAACUGGGGCUUUGUGGAAUCAACAGGGAUGAGCAAAGUAUGAAGUUGCUGCUACCGAUUAUCUUAGUUCUUCCAUGUUAGAAGGAUGAUAAGAGAUAACCUGAUGAAUUGGAUAAAAUAUAUGAAUAUAGAUAUAUGGUACAGACUGUCAAAUAUAUGUGAAAUAUAUAUUAAAGCAUACAUAUAACAUUCUAAAUAUAUUGAUUAAGUACAUAAUUUAUGAGUAAAAAAGUAUUUGAAAUAUGGAUGGUCUAUGAAAGCUUCCAGAUUGAGAGUUGUGUGCUAUGGGGGAAAUGAAAUAAGAUUUUUCACUGGAAUGCACAUCAGUAGGACAAAAUUGUAUUCUGAUUCAGUGCAUCUUUUCUUGUGCAAUAAAUAUGUGUAUUUUUAGAUAGGGUUUUAUAUGGAUAUGUCAUUCACUCAUGACAUUGUUGUUCCCCCCGCAAGUGAGGUGUGGGAAUGUCGGGUGCCAGUCAAAGUGUCACUGGUGCAUUUUUUUUCAAGCUCAUACAGUGUGUAAUUAGAAGCAGAGGGGUCACACAGCCGCAAUCACCGCUCCACACAAUAGGGCAAGGUACAAAGACGUCACUUUCUUGUGGUUGACUUUUUUUAAUUUUGCAUUUAGAGUGCCUUAUAUUUAUGCCUGUUUUUAUAAUGUUUCAUUUAACAUAUUAAUGUAUCCUGAGUAAUCUAGGCAUUUAGUAUAGAUGUAACUGUAUAGUUUAUUUACCAUAAGUAUUCUAUGUCACAUGAUGAGAUUAUAUAUGCAAAUAAGAACAUUUCAAAGCUCAUAUUUUUCAUUUUCAGUGGCCUUAUUGUGGCUGAGUGAAUAAAAAAAAAAAAAAAAAAAGUUAAUAUAUCACUGACCUCUACAGAAUACACAAUAGUUACGAAACAUAUAUUUAAAAUGUUCCGACAUGGAGACCGGGAUGAGAUUGCAGAAUACUCAAAACUAAACAGGAUGAAGGCCCAACAUAAUGGUAAUUCAAUUCAAACUAAAAAUGGAUUUGGUCAAAAAGAAUGCACAGGUCGUCACCGCAGUCACCGUUUCUUUUCCAUGCCUCUGAAUUCCAGACUUUAUAUGUGUCCCUACAGAGAAGAGAUACAGAGAAACAAUCUGCAACAACAUUUCAGUUCUGCUAUCCUGACAGUGUGUUCUGUUCCUUUUUUAUGUAUGACAUUACAGUUAAAUACUGGAGUUUAGUUUGGUUAUGUUUCAGUCUUUGUGUUGAGCAGCAUCUUGAACUUCUCCGUACCCUCUUUGAUGGCUUUGUGGAUGUGCAUUCCAGGUGCUUUCUUUCCCUUGUUAACUCAAGCAGCUGUGUUUUAUUUUUGUCAACUGCUUAACUGAUUACUUUUGUCUUCAUUUUGAGAUAUAAAAGUGCUAUCAUUUAACUUAAUGGUGGCUAACGUUACAUUACGUUCGUGUCUCAGAUGUUUAUUUUCUCAUCUCAGUUUUUCCCUUUUUUUUUAUUGAUUUUUCAUAUGCAGGGUGAAACAUUGCAGAAUGGCCGAAGCUGGCCUGUUAGGAAGAUUUGCACUUUCUCUAUCUUUGUACUAUGCACUGCCCUAUUGAUUCUAAACCCAAUAAUAUAUUACUUGAACCCAUCUAAAAAAAAAAAAAAAAUCUCCUUAAACGUUCACUUUGUGUGUAUGUAAAUAACACAAAAAAGGUAUCAACUCUUGAAAAAGACAAAAAAAAAAAGUUUGUGGCGAAAAAGAGCAUCCAUUCUGAUGCCAUGGUUACUCCAGCAGAUGACUUCAAAAAAAUCUGUCCCCCAACCAUCUGUUCUUGUGGCUUUGCCAUUCAAGCUUGGAGUGUCAUUAACAGAAAUAAACGUUGUGUUCUCUG